UGAAGAAAGCCCAUCCCUGAGACGUAUGACCAUGAUGAGGGAGAAGGGAAGGCGUCAGGCCAUCCGAGGCCCGGCGUUCAUGUUCAACAACAGGGGCACCAGCCUGACCGCGGAAGAGGAGCGCUUCCUGGACGCCGCGGAGUACGGGAACAUCCCCGUGGUGCGCAAGAUGCUGGAGGAGUCAAAAACCCUCAACGUCAACUGCGUCGACUACAUGGGCCAGAACGCCCUGCAGCUUGCUGUUGGGAACGAACACUUGGAGGUGACGGAACUUCUGUUAAAAAAAGAGAACUUGGCAGGGAUCGGAGACGCCCUGCUGCUCGCAAUCAGCAAGGGCUACAUUAGGAUAGUGGAAGCAAUUUUGAAUCAUCCUGGGUUUUCGGUAAAUAAGCGACUGACUCUGAGCCCUUGUGAACAGGAGCUCCAGGAUGAUGAUUUUUAUUCCUAUGAUGAAGACGGUACCCGCUUUUCUCCAGAUAUCACUCCCAUAAUUUUAGCUGCCCACUGCCAAAAAUACGAAGUUGUGCACAUGCUGUUGAUGAAAGGAGCGAGGAUAGAAAGACCUCAUGAUUAUUUCUGCAAAUGUAAUGACUGUACAGAGAAGCAAAAGCAUGAUUCUUUCAGUCACUCCAGGUCAAGAAUAAAUGCCUACAAAGGAUUGGCUAGUCCGGCUUAUCUGUCUCUCUCCAGUGAAGAUCCAGUACUCACUGCUCUAGAACUCAGCAAUGAACUUGCCAAGUUGGCCAACAUUGAAAAAGAAUUCAAGAACGACUAUCGCAAGCUGUCUAUGCAGUGCAAGGACUUUGUGGUUGGUGUUCUCGAUCUCUGCCGAGACUCAGAGGAAGUGGAGGCCAUCCUGAACGGGGAUGUGAACUCGGAGCCCGUGGAAGCACAGAGGCACAGAGCCUCGCUCAGCCGCGUCAAGCUGGCCAUCAAGUACGAAGUGAAAAAGUUUGUGGCCCAUCCAAACUGUCAGCAACAGCUACUGACUAUCUGGUAUGAAAACCUGUCAGGAUUACGGGAGCAGACCAUAGCUAUCAAGUGUCUGGUUGUGCUGGUGGUGGCACUGGGCCUUCCGUUUCUAGCCAUUGGUUAUUGGAUUGCACCAUGUAGCAGGCUUGGAAGAAUUCUCCGAAGCCCGUUUAUGAAAUUCGUGGCACACGCAGCAUCCUUCAUUAUCUUCCUGGGCCUGCUGGUGUUCAACGCCUCAGACAGAUUUGAAGGUAUAACAACGCUACCGAAUGUCACUGUUACUGACUACCCUAAGCAGAUCUUUAGGGUGAAGACGACCCAGUUCACCUGGACAGAAAUGCUGAUCAUGGUAUGGGUACUUGGUAUGAUGUGGUCAGAAUGCAAAGAGCUGUGGCUGGAAGGACCCAGGGAAUACAUUUUGCAGUUGUGGAAUGUUUUGGAUUUUGGGAUGCUGUCCAUUUUUAUUGCUGCUUUCACAGCGAGGCUUCUGGCAUUCUUGCAGGCCACAAAAGCACAACAGUAUGUGGACAACUACAUUGAGGAGAACGACCUCUCUGAGGUCACGCUUCCUCCAGAAAUAGAAUAUUUUACCUAUGCUAGAGAUAAAUGGCUCCCAUCUGAUCCUCAGAUAAUCUCUGAAGGCCUUUAUGCAAUCGCUGUUGUUCUUAGCUUCUCUCGGAUUGCGUAUAUCCUGCCUGCAAAUGAGAGUUUUGGGCCCUUGCAGAUUUCACUUGGAAGGACUGUUAAGGACAUCUUCAAGUUUAUGGUCCUUUUUAUUAUGGUAUUUCUCGCAUUUAUGAUUGGAAUGUUCAUACUAUAUUCAUAUUACCUUGGAGCUAAACUAAACCCAGCCUUUACAACAGUGGAAGAAAGUUUCAAGACAUUAUUUUGGUCAAUAUUUGGCUUGUCUGAAGUAACCUCCGUUGUCCUCAAAUAUGAUCAUAAGUUCAUAGAAAACAUUGGUUAUGUUCUUUAUGGUAUAUACAACGUAACGAUGGUGGUAGUUCUGCUCAACAUGCUGAUUGCUAUGAUCAACAGUUCCUAUCAAGAAAUUGAG